AUGCGAAAGAACGUCGUCAGUCCCGUUCUGUUCAUACAAAAAUGGGCACGGACGCAUUUACCCCGGGAUGCGCCAAUAGCUCAGCUAUCGAAGAGGCUCGCAGAAGUUACAGUUAAAACGCACCUCCAGCAUAGAUUUGUACCGAACAGUCAUGUCAGAGAGAUUGUUACAUCUGAAGCAGUACGGAUCGAGCUCGAUAAGUCUAAUUAUUCAACCUUUCGGAGGAUUCACAAAGACCCAGUUACUACCGAAGACUAUUCGGCAUAUAAGAAAAUCCUUACCAUCCUGUACCUCAUCAAGAAACCAUCUAAGAUUCGAAUGUUUGUUAGCUAUGGUGUCUGUGAUAAGGAUCUACCACUAGGCAUACACCAGACCUCGAAUAAACCGCAUUGUUUACCUGAACUGAGAAGUCGGUCGAAUCAUUCCGCCCGCCCUAUAGUAUUCAGAAGACGAGACUACACGGAUGAUUUCUUUCACAGCCAGUGGAAAGUUCUCGCUCCUGUAUUUGGUAAUCAUGAAGAGCGCCGCGAUCGACCUAUCGUUCUUGAGCCUGAAGUAAUUCUACCUUUCAUCUCCCACUCCAAAGUCACACGGGAAAGUGGGUUCGGUGAUGUCUACAAGACUGAAAUACACCCUGACCAUCAUGACCUGGGGAUAGCUAGUGGAAACGUCUUCGCUAUCAAAAAAUUGAAGUCGCCUGAUCGAGAAGCAUUUAAUCAAGAAGCUACCGUUCUCAACAGAAUUUCAAAUAAGCGACACGGUCACGAACAUCUGAUCACUUUAUUGACCACUUUCCAGUACGACGAAAAGUUUCAUUUCAUAUUCCCAUGGGCGGAUGCUGAUCUUCUUGAAUUCUGGAAACGACACGAACAGGCACCCGGUGGCGAGAUGGUGGGCAAGUGGAUCAUAGAGCAGUGUCGUGGUCUUGCAGAUGCUCUCAACAGUAUACACCGAUAUGCGACGACGUCAGGAACAACGUUGUUCAAUGCCUUCCAUUUGACCGAACAGGUGGACAGCGACAAGAAAAAACGGCUCAUUCGAACCGACAGUGCGGGUAACGAUCAUCAUCUCCGCAGUCUGUUUGGCCGCCACGGAGAUAUCAAGCCAGAAAACAUCCUGUGGUAUCCCUCUGAAAAUUCAACAGGGGGUCACGGCGUUCUCAAAAUUGCCGAUUUCGGCGUGGCACGCUUCAGCACGGUGAAUUCAUGGGAUACCCAUAAGACUGGCCGAAUUCCCAACACGGAUACGUAUCGUUCACCCGAGAUGGAUCUCAACGGAAACCUGACUACAGCCUGCGAUGUUUGGGCGUUGGGCUGUGUCUUUCUUCAAUUUGUUACCUGGUAUUGUGGAGGUAACAUAUUAGUAGAAUGGUUUGGUAAACGGCGUUUGGUCAAGGAUCCGCAACAAGCUAACAUGGAGACUGACACUUUCUUUGUCCUGUAUUUGGAACAAGGGAAAAGAAAGGCCAAAGUAAAACCUGCUGUUGUAGAAGUGAUCGAAACCCUACAAGGAUACCAAACCUGCACGCGCGAAUAUAGAGAACUUCUUGACAUGAUCCAACAAGACAUGUUAGUCGUACAGCAACAAGAAACACCCACGCAAGAUGACAACGACACAUCAAAAUUCCAAGACGCGCUCUCUUCGAAUACACAAAGUCGAAUGCGGUUGGGCGGUGUUCGAAGAAAGAGCUGCGGAGAUAUCUGGCGCAGAAUAGGUGACAUCGAGUCUAUUCGUGACCAAGAAAAAGGAUUAACGCGGAUUGACACGUUUGUACCGGCGUCACCUGUUGCCGAGAGUCACUACAUGUGGUCCUCAAAGCCUCAUCUGGCGAGUGCAAUGAAUGCACUCGAGAUAUCCUCAGGCGGAUGA